GAUUCCUGUUAAAGCAAAGAGGAUAAACCAGCACUCUUCGCUACGCGGAUUUCCCACAAGAAAAAAACAAAAUCUUCAUUUAUAAACGCGUGCUGAGGCGUUCUUCGCAUCAUUCGGUAAAAUGUUACGGUCGUGUGUUCUCUUCUUGAUCUUUUCUUGUGCCUUUGCAUCGCAUUAUGACACUUGGCCGUUUACACUAGCGGAUAAAUACAUCGAAGAAUUCAAAACAAAUGUCGAAGAAUUCAAAAAAUUCGCACACACGUAUCAGCACCAUGAAGAAAUUAAAUAUGAGGUGGAGGAACAAGAUCUGACCGAAGCGACGAAAAAUGCGGCUCAUUAUGACUUCAUCAUAGUCGGCGGUGGUACUUCCGGUGCCAUUUUAGCAUCCCGAUUAUCCGAAAUCCCCGAAUGGAAAAUCCUACUUUUGGAAGCCGGCGCACCCGAAACAAUCGCAACCAAAGUCCCCAAAAAUUGGGAACUACUGAAAAACACCCCCUAUAAUUGGGGGUACGUUACUACCCCCCAGAACUACUCGUGUCUAGGAAUGGUUGACCACAAAUGUGUCAUCCCAACUGGUCGGGCCUUGGGUGGUACCACCUCCAUCAACUCCAUGGUAUACACCCGUGGGAACCCCCGCGACUACGACUUGUGGUCCGACCUCGGAAACGAAGGCUGGUGUUGGGCCGACGUUCUCCCAUAUUACAAGAAAUUGGAAGAUGCCCAUUUUGCGCCCUUUGAUAAGAAGUACCACCACUUUGGCGGCCCCCAACACCUCGAACACCCCCAAUACUUGCGCUUUUUGACCGACCAUACGCUCGAAGCGGCCAAAGAACUCGACUUACACCUCAUAGAUUACAACGGAAAGCACCAGAUUGGGAUAAGUGUACCCCAACUAACUUCAAAGUGUGGCAAAAGAUUCAGUACCGCUGAAGCUUAUCUCGAACGCGCCGAAAAACGCGACAACCUCAUAGUCAAACCUUUGAGCCAAGUUCUGAAAGUCUUGAUCAGCACUCACACCAAAGAAGCCCAAGGCGUUGUUUAUUUACACGAAGGCAAAACUUUCGUAGCCAAGGCUGAGAAAGAAGUCGUACUUGCAGCUGGUGCCUUGAACACCCCGAAAAUUUUACUACUGUCAGGAGUAGGUCCUAAGGAAGAUUGUGAAAAGCUCCACAUUCAUCACGUGGCUGAUUUAAAAGUGGGGCAUAAUUUAAAAAUACGGCCAAGCUUCGUCGGUUUGGACUUCUUGUACACGGCAGAAGAAGCCCAAAGUCAUGACGAGUACCACGACAUCCUCAAGUACCUCAAAUACGGGAAAGGACCGCUAACAUCCCCCGGAAUCGAGGCUUUGGCUUUCCUCAAAACCAACAUUUCUAAAUCACCCUUAACGUACCCCGACAUUGAGUUAAAGUUCCUCUCGCGGUACCACCCCCAGCAAGACCUCUACUCCUGGAUGAAGCCCACCCCCAAACACUACGACUCGCUCUGGAAGCCCCUCGAAGCCCACAAUUGCCUCAAAAUCAUAGUCACACUCAACCACCCCAAAUCGUCAGGGAUUGUCAAACUGCACACCUCCAACCCCCUCCGCCCCCCAAUCAUAGAACCACAUUUCUUGUCAGACGAGGACGAAAAGGACUACCAUACGAUUUUAGCCGGGAUUAAGAAAGCACUCAAGUUUAGCCACACUGAAGCUUUCAAGAAAAUUGGGAUUAAAUUGAACCAUCAUGGGGUUCAUGGCUGUGAGGAGACGGAGUUUGGUACCGAGGCGUACUGGGAAUGUGCGAUUAAAUAUUUGGUGGUGGCGACCGAGGAUGUGAGUGGUACUGCGAGGAUGGGGCCUGAGAGUGACCACUAUGCAGUGGUUGACAAGAAAUUGAGGGUUCAUGGGAUACAUAAUUUGAGGGUAGCUGAUGCGAGUGUCAUCCCAGUGACCAUGAGUGGAAGCUUGGUAGGACCCACGAUGGUUAUUGGGGAAAAAGCAGCCCAUAUUAUUAUGGAAGAGUGGCUAGAGCAUUAGAAUAGUUUUUUUCACAGCACUUGAUCUCUGUAUUCUUGACGAUUAAUAAAUUUUUAUACGAAAGGUA